AUGGCUCCCAUUUCCACAGAAGAGCUUCAUCUAUUUCACAAAACUCAUCGCGAGGUUUUCUGUUUCUUAAUCUUCAAACUACAUCGUGACCUAACCCAAUCCCUUUUAGUCAUGUCCUUGUGGAUUUGGCUAGAACAUAAUGGAUACCCUGAUAUCAACUACAAAGUUAUGGACUUACCUUACACUCUUGCAAAUGCUCUCGUUACUGAAGCAGUAUCAUGUUUAGAGUGCAUAGAGGCAGAAAAUUCUCACAUCCCAAAUAAUGGUGGUUUGCCCAUAACAAAAGGGCUAACACAAAAGGAUAUCUCACUCAAAAUGUUCAACAAAAAAAGAUAUACUAUAAUAGCUGGUAUCAAAAGUGUUUUAAAAAAUAUUUGUGCUCGAAUUUUUGCUGAUGUUUUGCAGAUAAUUUUGAAAAGCAGGAUCAUCAAUAGAGUUCGUGCAUCAGGAGGUAACAUAUUUGACAUGCACCUGACUGUCCCUGGAUUUCCGCACCCUUUGUUUGGUAAAUUUGAUAUAUCAACAAAUAAUACUAUGAACUUGGACUUGUCUGAUGAAAAAAUAUGGAUGGGAAAUGGACCAUGUGAUGAUGUUACUGAUGAUGAUAAAUCCAUGUUUCUAACAUUUUCUAAAGGUUUUCCUGUGUCAGAACCUGAGGUGAGAUAUUUGUUUACACGCACAUAUGGGGAUUGUGUGCAGAGUUUAUCUAUGGGAAGUGCUGUUGUGAAUGACCAAUCCUUAUUUGCAAUGAUGAUUUUGAAAUCUGUGAGAACAGUUGAUCAAAUUUUGAAUGGGAAGCGUGUUGCAAAGCUUCAUAUAAAUGGAAAACACAUCUGGGUUCGCAAGUAUGAGCGUCGUGAGUGA